CCAUUGCAUUUCAGUGUGUGUCAACGAUGCUUUAUAAAUAAAGAUUGAUUUGAAAAUCUAUAAACUGCAACAUUUAUGUUGCACCGAGAAGAGGUAAUUUCCAGACAAAAGAGCAGGUUACAAAGUUUUAUUAAUACAAUAAACAUAAAACGUUCCCAAGCUCUCCUCUCCUUGACAUGUGUCUGAUUGUCUGUCACCGUGCCGAAUAACACUUCAAAAAAACGUGCAGAAAAAUACACAAAGAAACAACAAUAAAAUUCAGACAUGCACGAGAUAAAGCACAACACACUUUAAGUCGGACACGGACAAAACUCAAACUAGACAGAUCUCAGGAGUAUGAACUAAGGGAAGUGACUUAAACAAACAAAAUAACAAAAAAGAAAAUUAGUCCGCUCACACACCUGAUUAAUCAACCACGCUGAGAGCCUCGUGUGGAGCGGACAAACAAAAACACAAAAAACAAAACUUAAAAUCAGGACAGCAGGGCACAGUACUCCGACACUGGUGCGUCGCAAAACCACACGCCCAGUCUUUAAAACCCCUCAGUCAGUCCAGAUCUACCGCUGCCGUGAUGUUGCAAACUCAGACUCGCAUCAGCUGACGCAGCUUCGUCAGCCGCCCCGUCCCACAACAGGAAGCUAGCACCUAGCAACCACACAUCAACUUCCUUUUAUACCCUGUGCUGUGGGAACAGCGACACCUACUGGAGCCUCCCGUUACAUUUAGUUUAUUUUAUCGGUGGGCUGCACGGUGGUGCAGUGGUUUGCACUCGUCUUGCCUCACAGCGAGAAGGUUCAAUCUCAGCUGGGUCCUUUUUGUGUGGAGUUUGCAUGUGCUCCUGGUGCGUGUGUGGAUUCACUCCAGUCCAAACAUCCUUCAUAGAUUAAUUAGUGACUAAAUGACCCCAAGGUGAGUGUGGGAGUGUGUGUGUGGCCCAGGGACAGAUUGGCGACCUGUCCAGGGUAACCUCCCUUUGCACAGCAGUAGUUGGGAUAGGCUCCAGUAACCCUGUGACCCCAAAAAUGAUGCAGGAUUUGCUCAUUGGUUUUAAUAUACGAUUGUGUUGCAUGCCCUAAGAUCAAAUCCUUUGUAAAAAAAAAAAAAGGAAUAAUUGAACUGUUACGUGAAACUUUAUUCUGCAUGACUGGAGUGGGAACUCCUAAAAAUAAUUUAUCUGAAAAUCUGCAGUAAUUCAGUGUAAUCUAAUUUUGCCCAAAAUUCUCUAAAUUACUUCAGGCUGUUGGAGCUGAGAAACGCCCUGUCCCCUCCAGAUUUCUCUUUUUUUUCCCACUACAGCUCCCUCUUUGACAUCCGACAGUUCAGAGGCAGGUGAGCUUUACACGCACAUCUGCGCCUCCAGCUGAAUGUUAAUGGGUGUGGCAGUAAGAUUAUUUUGGAACAUGGAGGAGUAGGAAAAAACUUUUUGGCUCAGUGGAGGCAGAGAGGUGUGGUCUCAAUCCACCCGAAAAGCGCACGUCUCCUGCGCGCUGCGCGCAUUGUGCAGCCGGGGGGUUCCGGGACAGGUGAGACGCAGGAGAGACUCGCGAACCGCGGCUGUGAGGCCGCCCUGUAACCGCUCACCAUGAGCGCGUACGGCUCCCAGCACGGGCUCAACAUGAGCCGCAGAGCUAGCUCCAAGGGCGACCUGACCAACGCCGGGGGUUACCAUUACGCACAAAGCGACUUGGUGCAAGGAAGCGGGAACGGAUACGACCCGCACAUGGAGAUGGACAGACAGAGGAGCUACACCAUCUCCAGGAGCAGAGGCUUUGGAAUGAGCUUCUCAGGAGGAGCGCCAAUGGGCGGAAUGAGUGGCGCCCCGCUCAGCCAGAGGACUGUGAGUCUGCAGAGCCAGUGCCAGGAGUACCUGAUGAAAGCCGAAGUCGCCAUGCAGUCCGGUAAUGCUCAGGGGGAGGCAGAGUUCUGGAUGGGGAAGGCUCGAGAAGCCAUCGACAAGAUGAUGAACUGUGCCAUGGAAAUGAGUCACAUGGGCCAGCCCAAUGACGGUGUGGUCAAAAGCUUGGAUGUGUACCGGGAUCAGCUGAGGGGGCUUCAGAUGGCCUUAACAAGCACCGUGCCACGCAGGAGGAGCCUUCGCGGGAGCUCUGGAGGUUGGGGGGAUGAGGCCCCCAGGAGCUUCCAAGACGCUACAGGGUGGAUUGCACAGCAAAAGCGUCUGAUUGAAACAGCGCAGUGGGGAGAUGACCCAGCAUCCAUCGACCAGCAGCUCAUCAGUCACCAGAAGUUUCACACCACGAUCCAGAGGUCCCCCGAGGUAGAACGGGCCAAAGACGAUCUGAUGAGAAGAGGAGACAAAGCACGGUCACAUGCUCUGGAGCAAGACUGGGAAAGUCUAAAGAAAAUGUCAGUUAGCCGGAUGGAGCAGCUGCGGGAUCUCCAGAAGAUCCUUCAAGAAAUCUCCUUAGAAAUCAUGUGGGUGAACGAGAGAGAGGAGGAGGAGCUGAUGUUCGACUGGGGCGACAAGAACAUCGAGCAGUACAUCCCCAAGAAGCAGGAGGCCUACUCUAAACUGAUGAGCGCCCUGGAGGAGAAAGAGAAGGACUUGUACAAAGCAAAAACCAAAGCCGACGUCCUUCUGAAAAACAACCACCCGGCCUCGGACAAAAUAGAGGUAUGGACAGAUUUCUCCACAUUUAUCCAAAGCAAAGCUGUGAGCAAUAAUUUGUAUUUUUAUUUUUUUUUCCAGGCUUACAUGGAUACACUGCAGACCCAGUGGAGCUGGCUGCUUCAAAUCACUAAAUGCAUCGACGUUCAUUUGAAGGAGAACGGAGCUUACUGGCUGUUCUUUAAGGAAGCCAACGACACCAACAGUGCUCUUCAGAAGGAACAUGAAUCGAUCCGCAAGAAGUUCUCCUGUGACAAAGACACCUCCCUGGAGGACCUGAUGGAGCUCCUCAAAGGCCUGGAGAAAGAGAAGGAGCAGAUCAUGGAGCACAGGCGGCAGGUGCAGCACCUAGUCAGCAAGUCGAAGAGCAUUGUGAGGCUGAGGCCCAGGAACCCAGAGGUGAAGAGCAACGGCACCGUUGUCAAAGCUCUGUGCGACUUCAAGCAAGACCAGAAAGUGAUCCUUACUGGAAACGAGGCCAUCCUUAAGGACAACAGUCAGCGCAGCAAGUGGCUUGUGACGGGCCCUGGAGGACUGGACAUGCUGGUGCCGUCCGUGUGCCUGAUCAUACCCCCUCCUAACCCGCUGAGCAUCAGCAUCGCCAGCAAGAAUGAGCAAUACUUUGAGUCUAUCCUGUCCAUCUGGAAUCAGCUGUACAUCAACGUGAAGAGUCUCAUCGCCUGGCAAUACUGUGUGCUGGACAUCAAAUACAUCAACUCUCUCACUAUCACCAUGCUUUCUAAGAUGCGUCCAGAUGAGUACAAGCAGAUCAUAAAGAACAUGGAGGCUCAUUUUGAGGAGUUCAAAAUAACAAGCCGUGACUCCCAGAUGUUUGCUGACGAGGACAAAAGGAGCAUUGAGAACCAGGUCAACGGAGCCCAGGCGCACUAUGAGAAGCUGGUGGUGGAGCUGCCGGUUUACGUUGCCCACCAGGAACCAGCGCCACAAGUUAUUGAGCAUCAGCAUCUACAGCAGCCUCCGCAACAUCAGCAGGUGAUAUUCAUACAGCAGCCACCAAUGCAGCAGAGGCAAGUAUUUCUGCAUCAUCAGCAGCCACAGGUGAUUGAGCAACAGCAGUUACUGCAACAGCAACAACUGCUGCAACAGCAACAAGUAAUCGAGCAGCAGCGAGUGCAACAGCAACAAGUAAUCGAGCAACAGCGGUCGCAACAGCAGCAAAUACUCGAGCAGCAGCAACAAGCUGCAGCAAAAGAGGAGUCCAAGCGGUUGGAGGAAGAAAGACGACUGGCAGAGCUCAAGAAACAAGUGGAGAAGAAGGUGGAAGUGAAAAAGGAGGUGGUGAGCAAAGACUCUGGGACAAAGAAAGAAGGGAACAGAUGGGCCAAAGUAACAAGAAGGGUGCUGCUGUCAUCCUCUUCCUCGACUUCCUCAGCUUCCUUGUCAUCUCAGUUCUUGACUGAACUGCACGCGCUCAGGCUGAGGCUGGAGACUGCCGAAGCCGCGCUGAGUCAGCACAUUCACAUCUGUGUCGGAGACGAUGGAGUACAAGACUGUAGCUACAGGAUCACAGAGUUAAAGAUGGUGCAAAGUGACGUCGACCUAAUGCGUGACGAGUACAUACGCUUGAGGGAGCGUAUUGUGAAAGACCUGGAAGACAUGAACGACUCUGAUAAAGCCCAGUUCCUCCGCAGCGAGCUUGGAGGGAUUAACCAGAGACUCGGCAGUUUGGAGAGCAGCUCCUCAGCUUACAUACACAGGCUUCGGGCUCUAAGGGACAUGCUGGAGAGUGUGGCCAGAGCCGAGGACCUAGUGAAAGUUCACGAAGCAAGACUAACCGAAAAGGAGACCACUUCUCUGACUCCAAGUGAAGUUGAGGAAUACAUAUCAAUCCUGAAGCACAUUAAGGCAGAGCUGGAUCAGAAAAGAGACAUUCUCACCUCAAUGGAAGCAGAGCUGACAAAGGCGACUCACUGGAACAGCCAGGUGGGCAGUUCUUCCCACAAGUGUGACAUGAUGCUGAUGAAAUACACCGAGCACGCUGGGGUGCUGUCUGACCGCUGGAGACGGAUCGAGGCUCAGAUUUCAACCAGACUUCAGGACCUGCAGCUGUAUCUGCCUCAGCUGCAUCACUACAAGCAAACUAGCGCCUCACUGAUCGAAUGGAUUGAUGUCACACGGAAGAAACAGGACGCUAUGCAGGCCACCAAGAUAGACAACGUUCAAGCACUCAAAGAGCACAUCAGCAACCAGAAGGCUCUGAACACUGAAAUCAAAGCAAAGAAGGAGACAGUAGAAAGUGUGCUGAAGGACAACGAGACCUGUGUCCAUGCCAUCAAGGAUUACGAAGGAGACUUGGCCUCAUAUGCAUCUGGUCUAGAAACUUUGCUCAAAAUCCCUUUCAAAAGGACGAUGCUCAAGUCCCCCUCAACGGACCUCAACCAGGAGUUUUCACACAUUCAGACCCGUUACAUGGAGUUGCUGGCUUUGUCUGGGAACUACCACAAAUUCCUGGGAGAGUUGCUCAAAAGUAUGGAGGAGCUUAAGAUUCGAAAUACCCGCAUUGACAUGCUGGAGGAGGAGCUUCGGCAGUUAAGGGAAGGCAUCAAUGACAGCAACUCCAAGAACAAGUCCCUGGAGGAAGCAAUUGGUCAAUACGAGCUGAAGCUGUCCCAGUCGCAGAGCAAGUUGCUGUCCUUGGAAGAAGUGGAGCGCACCACGGCGCUCAAGUGUAGUAGCACUAAGGACAGCCUAGACUCCACCCAGAGUCAGCUAGCAGAUCUCAAGGAUGAGAUAGAGCGUCUUAAGUACCUGCUGGGUGAAGAGAAAAGGAAGUCAAAGUUGGCAGAGGAGCGCUACCAUCAGCAGAAAGAGGAGUAUGAUUCUGUCCUGAAGAAGAGGCAGAACGAGCUGGAGACAGUCAGCUGGUCCAAGAUGGAGGUGGAGAAAUCUGUGACUAAUAAGGAGCAUGAGAUUGAACAGCUGCGGCGGCAGCUGGCUGAGAAUGAAGCAAUGGUCAAGGAGCUACAGAAGGAGAUGUCAAAGAUAAGACCCAAGAUGCAAUCCCUCCAGUCUGAGUACGAUGCAAUUGUGAAAGACAGAGAUGCUUUGUUGCUAAAGUUGCAACGAGCGGAAAAGGACAAGGAGCACAUUCAAAGAAUAGAAGAAGACCUCAGUAGGAUGAAACUGUCUCUUGAUUCUGAGCAUCACAGCAGGCAACGUUUGCAGGGGGAGAAUGAGAGGAUAAAGAUGGAUUUAAGUUACUGGAAGGACCAGUGUGAUGGUAAACAGGGACUCAUUCGACAGUUAGACUCAGAUAAAGAAAUACUGGAGAGAGAAAAGAAAUCCAUGAAAAGUGAGCUAGAGUUGCUGAGGAGGGAAAUCAGAGAGCUUGAAGAUAAUUACAAGAGCAGAUUUGUAACCCUUCAGAAAGAUCUGCAGGAAGCAACAGUUGUCAAGCAAACUUUACAGACAGAGCUAAAGACUUCAAGGGAACCACCAGCAUUGGAUGCUUCCUCUGUGAUAUUUGACGGAGUUCGGAAGCCUGUCACAGCCAGUCACUUACUCGAUUGUAGAGUAUUGGAUAACCUGACAUUUAACCAAGUUGUAAAAGGAUAUAAAACAGUUUUUGAAGUGUCUUCUGACAAAAAGGUAAAUCUAAAAGGGACAGGUCCAAUAGCUGGUGUAAUUAUUGAGAGUUCCAAGAGUCCAGGAUCGAGCCCUGGACCUCUUUACAAACUAACAUUUACAGAAGCCAAGAAAGAAAAUCUUCUUCCACCUGAUAGUAUUGACUUGCUACUGGAUGCACAAGCUGCCACGGGUCACAUAAUUGAUCCAAGAACCAAUCAAAAGUUGACAGUUGAAGAGGCAUGCAAUCAAGGCGUCGUUGAUGAAGAGGACAGGGAGAGGUUGUUAGCAGCAGAGGCUGCGGCUAUAGGAUAUAGUGGACCUGGCACAAAAAAACCCCUCUCAGUUUUUCAGGCAAUGAAGAAAGGAUUGAUUGAAAAGAGCACAACACUGCGUCUGCUUCAAGCACAGGAAUCAGUUGGGGGGAUUUUGGAUCCUGUACUCAGUGUGUUCCUUCCCAGAGACGUGGCCAUUGAGCGGAAGCUAGUUGACGAUACCAUUUGUCAUGCCUUGAACCAGAAGCCUGAGCUUUACCUGGACCCAGAAAGUGAGGAAGGUGUAACAUAUAUGGCCAUGAAGAGGAGAUGUAAAGUAGAGCCCCACACAGGCCUUCUGCUCCUCCCAAUUCCGGAAAAGGUAGAUCCCUCCAAACUAGUCUUUGAUGGAGUUCGGAAACCUGUCACCGCCAAGCAGUUACUUGACUGUAGUGUCCUGAAUAAACCAACAUUUAAAGAUCUAGAAAAUGGAAAGAAACUGGUUCCCGAGGUGUCUGUUGACAAAAAAGUCAGUCUGAAAGGAACUGGACCAAUUGCUGGGGUUUACGUUGGGAAUCACGGAAAAAUGUCCUUUUCUGAAGCUAAGAAACAAAUGCUUAUUCCAGAUGAAAGUGCAGAUCUCCUACUGGAAGCUCAAGCUGCAACUGGUCACAUCAUUGACCCAAAAGCCAAUGAAAAGUUGACUGUAGAUGAGGCAUGUGCAAGAGGUGUAGUCGAUGUUAUGGAUCAAGAGCAGCUACUGGAAGCAGAGGCUGCUGCUGUGGGUUACAAGGAUCCUGAUAAAUCCAAACCUGUCUCGGUUUUUGAGGCCAUAAAAAAAGGAAUUAUUGACGAGAAAACUGGACUGCGUUUCCUGCAAGCCCAGGAAUCAGUUGGGGGAAUUCUUGAUCCACACCUCAGCGUUUUCCUGCCUAAAGAAACAGCUAUUAGGCGCAAUCUCAUUGAUAAAAACUUGUUACGUGCUCUGAACCAAAGCCCUGAAUGUUAUAUUGAUCCAGAAUCAGAUGAAUAUGUCAGCUAUGCAACAUUGAAAAAACGAUGCAAGAUAGAACCUCAUACUGGUUUACUGCUUUUACCAAUCGCAGAAAAGCUGGACCCUUCUGAACUCAUAUUUGAUGGGGUACGUAAACCAGUAACAGGAAAGCAGCUAUUAGAUUGUGGUGUUCUGGACAAACCAACAUUUAACCAAUUACUCAGAGGUGAAAAAACUGUCCCUGAGGUUUCUAUGGACAAAAAAGUAAACCUAAAAGGAACCGGACCGAUUGCUGGAAUUCUAGCUGGUAAUCCAGGCAAAAUGUCCUUCUCAGAAGCUAAGAAACAAAUGCUGAUUUCAGAGGAAAGUGCAGAUCUUCUACUGGAAGCUCAAGCUGCAACUGGUCACAUAAUUGACCCAAAAGCCAAUCAAAAGUUGACUGUAGAUGAAGCAUGUCUAAAAGGAGUGGUGGAUGCUCUAGAUAGAGAAAGACUACUUGAAGCAGAGUCUGCUGCCAUUGGCUACAACAAUGGUGACAAUACCAAGCCUGUGUCAGUUUUUGGAGCCAUAAAGAAUGGAACAAUUUUUGAGAAAACUGGAAUUCAACUGUUGCAAGCUCAAGAUUCAGUUGGUGGAAUUCUUGAUCCCCAUCUUAGUGUAUUCUUACCUAAAGAGACAGCUGUCAAGCGAAAUCUUAUCAAUAAAAAACUGAGUCGUACUCUGGACCAGCACCCUAAAUGUUAUAUUGACCCUGAAUCAGAGGAAAAUAUCAGCUAUGACAUGCUAAAGAAAAGAUGCAAGAUAGAACCUAAUACAGGUCUGCUUCUUUUACCAAUCACUAAAAACCUUGACCCAUCUGAUCUGAUAUUUGACGGUGUGCGGAAGACUGUAACAGGAAACCAGCUGCUCAACUGUGGCGUCCUAGACAAGCCAACUUUUAAACAAUUAUUAAGAGGUCAGAAAACUGUACCAGAAGUGUCUGUAGACAAAAAAGUGAUUCUGAAGGGCACUGGAGCUAUUGCUGGAGUUGUGACACCACAUCGAGAAAAAUUGACCUUUGCUGAAGCAAAAGAACAAAUGAUGCUGCCAGAGGAAAGCGCAGAUUUACUACUAGAAGCUCAAGCUGCCACAGGUCAUAUAAUUGAUCCCAAAAACAAUGAGAAGUUAACAGUAGAAGAAGCCUUAUUGAGAGGUGUAGUGAGCAUCAGGGACCGAGACAAAUUAUUGGAAGCUGAGGCUGCUGCUGUGGGGUACAAGGAUCCAAGUAGUUCCAUGCCAAUCUCAGUUUUUGAGGCCAUUAAGAAGGGAAUUAUAGAUGACAAGGUUGGCAAGCGACUGCUCCAAGCCCAGGAAUCUGCUGGGGGAAUUCUGGAUCCAAAUCUUAGUGUAUUUCUGCCAAAAGAGACAGCUGUAAAACACAAUCUCAUUGAUAAGAAUAUGUCCCAUGCUCUAAACGAAAGCCCAAAAUGUUAUAUUGAUCCUGAAACAGAAGAAUUUGUCAGCUAUAUGACAUUAAAGAAAAGAUGCAAGAUAGAACCACAUACAGGUCUGCUAUUCUUAUCAAUUUCUGAGAGGAAAGACCCAUCUAAAGUGUUGUUUGAAGGUGUUCGUAAGCCAGUGACAGCAAAACAACUUCUGGACUGUGGUGUGUUAGACAAAGAAACUUUUAACCAGCUUUUAAAAGGAGAGAAAACCGUUCCAGAGGUGUCAGAAGAAAAGAAAGUGUCCCUUAAAGGGACUGGAUCUAUUGCUGGAGUGGCAGUUGGACUUUCUGGAAAAAUGUCCUUCGAUGAAGCCAAAAAACAAAAGCUUGUUGACCCAGACAAAGCAGAUUUGCUUCUGGAAGCCCAGGCAGCUACAGGACACAUCAUUGACCCUGUUAAUAAUCGCAAACUCACCGUGGAUGAAGCCUGUGCAAAGGGAGUUGUUGACAGAAGUGAUCGAGAUAAACUCCUAGAGGCAGAAGCUGCAGCUGUUGGAUAUAAGGAUCCACGCUCAGCACAGCCGCUUUCAGUGUUUGAGGCAGUGAAGAAAGGAUUGGUGGAUAAAAAGACUGGCCUACGUCUCCUACAGGCCCAAGAGUCAGCAGGGGGCAUUCUGGAUCCAAACCUGAGUGUUUUCCUCCCCAAAGACAAAGCCAUAAAGCGCAACCUUUUGGAUGAAGACCUUUGUCAUGGACUCAGCCAGAACCCUGAGUGUUAUGUUGACCCAGAAACAGAGCAAGAUUCCACCUAUGAAGCAAUGAAGAAAAAAUGUAAAACAGAACCCCACACAGGUUUGAAACUUUUGCCCAUCUCUGGGAGAAAGGAUCCAUCCAAACUGAUAUUUGAUGGUGUCCGUAAGCCAGUCUCAGCACAGCAGCUGUUGGACUGUGGUGUUCUUGACAAACCAACAUUCAACCAGCUUCUAAAAAGAGAGAAAACUAUUCCAGAGGUGUCAGAAGACAAGAAAGUGUUCCUUAAAGGGACUGGACCUAUUGCUGGUGUGACAGUUGGGCCUUCUGGAAAAAUGUCCUUCAAUGAAGCCAAAAAGCAAAAGCUUUUUGAACCAGACAAAGCAGAUUUGCUUCUGGAAGCCCAGGCAGCAACAGGACACAUCAUUGACCCUGUUAAUAAUCGCAAACUCACCGUGGAUGAAGCAUGUGCAAAGGGAGUUGUUGAUAGAUGUGAUCGAGAUAAACUCCUAGAGGCAGAAGCAGCAGCUGUUGGAUAUAAGGAUCCACGCUCAGCUCAGCCGCUUUCAGUGUUUGAGGCAGUGAAGAAAGGAUUGGUGGAUGAAAAGACUGGCCUACGUCUCCUACAGGCCCAAGAGUCAGCAGGGGGCAUUCUGGAUCCAAACCUGAGUGUUUUCCUCCCCAAAGACGCAGCCAUGAAGCGCAACCUUUUGGAUGAAGACCUUUGUCGUGCACUCAACCAGAACCCUGAGUGUUAUGUUGACCCAGAAACAGAGCAAGAUUCCAGCUAUGGAGCGUUGAAGAAAAAAUGCAAAACAGAACCCCACACGGGUUUGAAACUUCUGCCCAUCUCUGGGAGAACGGAUCCAUCCAAACUGAUAUUUGAUGGUGUCCGCAAGCCAGUCUCAGCACAGCAGCUGUUGGACUGUGGUGUUCUUGACAAACCAACGUUCAAGCAGCUUCUAAAAGGGGAGAAAACUGUUCCAGAGGUGUCAGAAGACAAGAAAGUGUUCCUUAAAGGGACUGGAUCUAUUGCUGGUGUGACAGUUGGGCCUUCUGGAAAAAUGUCCUUCAAUGAAGCCAAAAAACAAAAGCUUGUUGACCCAGACAAAGCAGAUUUGCUUCUGGAAGCCCAGGCAGCAACAGGACACAUCAUUGACCCUGUUAAUAAUCGCAAACUCACCGUGGAUGAAGCAUGUGCAAAGGGAGUUGUUGAUAGAAGUGAUCGAGAUAAACUACUAGAGGCAGAAGCUGCAGCUGUUGGAUAUAAGGAUCCACGCUCAGCUCAGCCGCUUUCAGUGUUUGAGGCAGUGAAGAAAGGAUUGGUGGAUAAAAAGACUGGCCUACGUCUCCUACAGGCCCAAGACUCAGCAGGGGGCAUUCUGGAUCCAAACCUGAGUGUUUUCCUCCCCAAAGACACAGCGAUAAAGCGCUACCUUUUGGAUGAAGACCUUUGUCGUGCACUCAACCAGAACCCUGAGUGUUAUGUUGACCCAGAAACAGAGCAAGAUUCCACCUAUGAAGCGAUGAAGAAAAAAUGUAAAACAGAACCCCACACAGGUUUGAAACUUUUGCCCAUCUCUGGGAGAAAGGAUCCAUCCAAACUGAUAUUUGAUGGUGUCCGUAAGCCAGUCUCAGCACAGCAGCUGUUGGACUGUGGUGUUCUUGACAAACCAACAUUCAACCAGCUUCUAAAAGGGGAGAUAACUGUUCCAGAGGUGUCAGAAGACAAGAAAGUGUUCCUUAAAGGGACUGGAUCUAUUGCUGGUGUGACAGUUGGGCCUUCUGGAAAAAUGUCCUUCAAUGAAGCCAAAAAACAAAAGCUUGUUGACCCAGACAAAGCAGAUUUGCUUCUGGAAGCCCAGGCAGCUACAGGACACAUUAUUGACCCUGUUACUAAUCGUAAACUCACCGUGGACGAAGCGUGUGCAAAGAGAGUUGUUGAUAGAUGUGAUCGAGACAAACUCCUAGCUGCAGAAGCUGCAGCUGUUGGAUAUAAGGAUCCACGCUCAGCUCAGCCGCUUUCAGUGUUUGAGGCAGUGAAGAAAGGAUUGGUGGAUAAAAAGACUGGCCUACGUCUCCUACAGGCCCAAGAGUCAGCAGGGGGCAUUCUGGAUCCAAACCUGAGUGUUUUCCUCCCCAAAGACACAGCCAUGAAGCGCAACCUUUUGGAUGAAGACCUUUGUCGUGCACUUAACCAGAACCCUGAGUGUUAUGUUGACCCAGAAACAGAGCAAGAUUCCACCUAUGAAGCGAUGAAGAAAAAAUGUAAAACAGAACCCCACACGGGUUUGAAACUUUUGCCCAUCUCUGGGAGAAAGGAUCCAUCCAAACUGAUAUUUGAUGGUGUCCGUAAGCCAGUCUCAGCACAGCAGCUGUUGGACUGUGGUGUUCUUGACAAACCAACAUUCAACCAGCUUCUAAAAGGAGAGAAAACUGUUCCAGAGGUGUCAGAAGACAAGAAAGUGUUCCUUAAAGGGACUGGACCUAUUGCUGGUGUGACAGUUGGGCCUUCUGGGAAAAUGUCCUUCAAUGAAGCCAAAAAACAAAAGCUUUUUGAACCAGACAAAGCAGAUUUGCUUCUGGAAGCCCAGGCAGCAACAGGACACAUCAUUGACCCUGUUACUAAUCGCAAACUCACUGUGGACGAAGCGUGUGCAAAGGGAGUUGUUGAUAGAAGUGAUCGAGACAAACUCCUAGCUGCAGAAGCUGCAGCUGUUGGAUAUAAGGAUCCACGCUCAGUACAGCCCCUUUCAGUGUUUGAGGCAAUGAAGAAAGGAUUGGUUGAUAAAAAGACUGGCCUACGUCUGCUACAGGCCCAAGAGUCAGCAGGGGGCAUUCUGGAUCCAAACUUGAGCGUGUUCCUCCCCAAAGACGCAGCCAUGAAGCGCAACCUUUUGGAUGAAGACCUUUGUCGUGCACUCAACCAGAACCCUGAGUGUUAUGUUGACCCAGAAACAGAGCAAGAUUCCACCUAUGAAGCAAUGAAGAAAAAAUGCAAAACAGAACCCCACACGGGUUUGAAACUUCUGCCCAUCUCUGGGAGAACGGAUCCAUCCAAACUGAUAUUUGAUGGUGUCCGUAAGCCAGUCUCAGCAAAGCAGCUGUUGGACUGUGGUGUUCUUGACAAACCAACAUUCAAGCAGCUUCUAAAAGGAGAGAAAACUGUUCCAGAGGUGUCAGAAGACAAGAAAGUGUUCCUUAAAGGGACUGGAUCUAUUGCUGGUGUGACAGUUGGGCCUUCUGGAAAAAUGUCCUUCAAUGAAGCCAAAAAACAAAAGCUUGUUGACCCAGACAAAGCAGAUUUGCUUCUGGAAGCCCAGGCAGCAACAGGACACAUCAUUGACCCUGUUACUAAUCGCAAACUCACCGUGGAUGAAGCGUGUGCAAAGGGAGUUGUUGAUAGAAGUGAUCGAGACAAACUCCUAACUGCAGAAGCUGCAGCUGUUGGAUAUAAGGAUCCACGCUCAGUACAGCCCCUUUCAGUGUUUGAGGCAGUGAAGAAAGGAUUGGUGGAUAAAAAGACUGGCCUACGUCUGCUACAGGCCCAGGAGUCAGCAGGGGGCAUUCUGGAUCCAAACCUGAGCGUGUUCCUCCCCAAAGACACAGCCAUGAAGCGCAACCUUUUGGAUGAAGACCUUUGUCGUGCACUCAACCAGAACCCUGAGUGUUAUGUUGACCCAGAAACAGAGCAAGAUUCCAGCUAUGGAGCCUUGAAGCAAAAAUGCAAAACAGAACCCCACACGGGUUUGAAACUUUUGCCCAUCUCUGAGAGGAAAGAUCCAUCCAAACUGAUAUUUGAUGGUGUCCGUAAGCCAGUCUCAGCACAACAGCUGUUGGACUGUGGUGUUCUUGACAAACCAACAUUCAACCAGCUUCUAAAAGGAGAGAAAACUGUUCCAGAGGUGUCAGAAGAAAAGAAGAUUUAUUUACAGGGAAUAGGACCUAUUGCUGGAAUCAUAUCUGGAUCUCAUGGUGUAAUGUCUUUUUUUGAAGCAAAGGACACAAAUCAUUUAUCUCGUAUUUGUGUUGAUCUACUCCUUGAAGGUCAGGCUGCCACUGGUUAUAUCAUCGACCCAAAAAAUAACAAAAAGUUAACAGUUGAUGAGGCUUGUGUCAAGAAAUUGAUUGAUCCUAAAGAUCGAGAUAAACUGUUGUUAGCAGAAUGUGCUGCCAUUGGUUACAAAGACCCUACUUCUACCAAGCCCAUCUCAGUGUUUGAGGCCAUGAAGAAGGGCUUACUUGACAAGAAGACUGGACUUCGCUUGCUGCAGGCUCAAGAAUCAGCUGGAGGCAUUUUGGAUCCCAAUCUUAGUGUGUUUCUUCCAAAAGAUUUGGCUAUCAAGUUCAACCUUUUAGAUGAGGAGCUACUUCAUUUGUUGAGCCAGAAGCCAGCUUUUUACCUUGACCCAGAUACUAAAGGGGAUGUCAGUUAUAUGGAUUUGAUGGCGAAAUGUAGCACAAAUACAAAAACAGGCCUUCAUCUUUUACCAGUCCCAGAUAAUUUGGACCACAGUGAGUUACUUUUUGAAGGUGUACGCAAGAAUGUCACUGCACAGCAGCUCUUUGAUUGUGCAGUUCUUGACAAACAAACAUUUGAAAAAUUAGUAAAAGGUGAGAAAACGGUCUCUGAGGUGACUGUGGAUAAAAAGGUGUUUUUAAAAGGGACAGGGGUUAUAGCUGGUGUAGCAGCUGGACCUUUGGGUAAAAUGUCUUUCUUGGAGGCCAAAAAACAGAAAAUCAUUUCACCUGUCAGUGCUCAACUCCUUUUGCUUGCCCAGGUAGCAGUGGGUUACAUUAUUGACCCCACAACUAAACAAAAUCUGACAGUAAAAGAAGCAUGUACCAGAGGAAUUGUGGACAAAGAAGAUGAAUCUCUGUUAUAUACUGUGGAGUCUGCUGUUACCGGUUAUAAAGAUCCUCUAACUGGAAAGCUCUUGUCAGUUGGACAGGCUUCAAGACUGGGCCUUAUUGAAAUGGACACAGGUCUGCGAAUACUUCAGGCUCAAGAAUCUGUUGGUGGAAUUUUGGACCCAACACUUAGUGUGUUUUUGCCUAAAGACAUUGCAUUGAAAAGGGGUCUCAUUGAUGAGGAUCUAUAUCGAGUCUUAAAUCAGUCUCCUGAUUGUUAUUUGGACCCCGAUACCCAACGGCCAACCACAUAUGUGUCAAUUAAGAAAAAAUGUAAAUCUGAUCCAAGCACAGGACUCUUGCUUCUACCAGAACCAAAAAAGCCGUUGACCACUCCAGGUUUUAGGAAUGAUGUGUCCCUCAUAGACCUAGUAGAUGCAAACUUGCUAGAACAAUCUGAUGUGGAUAAAAUUAAUGAAGGUAAAAUGACAAUCCAGGAGAUUGAGGAGCGGCUACAUCCAUACCUGAGAGGUUCAACCUGCAUUGCUGGAGUUUACGACGAGGCUAGGGAUAAGGUUCUAUCAAUCUAUGAAGCCAUGAAGAAUGGUCUGUUGCGAUCUGGUACCAGUUUGGAGCUGCUUGAAGCCCAAGCUGCUUCAGGAUUUAUGAUCGAUCCUGUCUUCAAUCUUUAUCUGACAGUUGAUGAGGCCUACAAAAGAAGACUAGUUGGACCAGAGUUCAAGGACAAACUGCUUUCAGCAGAAAAAGCUGUGACAGGUUACAAACUGCCUGGAACUGACAAGAUUAUUUCCCUCUUUCAAGCAAUAGAGAAAGGUGUAGUUGAAAAAGGACAUGGUAUCCGGUUGCUUGAGGCUCAGAUUGCAAGCGGUGGUCUCAUUGAUCCUGAACACAGCCAUCGUAUUAAUGUGAAUGUAGCUUACAAGAGAGGCUACUUUGAUGAAGAAAUGAACAAGAUCUUAACUGAUGAAAGUGAUGACACUAAAGGUUUUUUUGACCCAAAUACUGAGGAAAACCUCACAUAUCUGGAACUUAAGAGACGCUGUAUUGUAGAUAAGAACACUGGCCUGAUUCUGUUGCCUAUUGUAGACAAGAAAAAGAAAGAAUCAACAACCACAAAUACCCGAAGAAGGAGGAGGGUAAUAAUUGUGGACCCGGAGACUAACAAAGAGAUGACAGUGCUUGAGGCAUUCAACAAAGGUUACAUAGACCAUGAAACUUUCAUUGAGCUCUCUAACCAAGAAUGUGAAUGGGAGGAGAUCACCAUCACUGAUUUAAAUGGCUCCAAGAGAUUUGUUAUCACUGAAAGGACAUCCGGAAGAACAUAUGACAUAACAGAGAUGCUUGAAAAGAAGGUCAUUGAUGAAUCUGUGGUAAAUCAGUACCACUCACGAGCCAUCACCCUCACUCAGUUUGCUGAUAUUAUCACAGAGAAAGCUAAACAUCAAUCAUUACCAUCUUCACCGGCCUCUCACAUGUCUUCAGCAACAUCAACAUCAAGAACAUCAUCAUCAUUUAGUACAUCCUCAUCAACUUCAGCUUCAAAAACAUCAACAUCAGCUUUUGCAACGUCAACAUCUUUUAGAACAUCCUCCCCGACCCCAGCUUCACCAACGUCAACAUCUUUCAGCACAUCAUCCCCAACAUCCAUUUCAAGAACAUCAGCAUAUGUCAAUACAUAUUCCUCGACACCAACUUCAGAAACGGCAAUGUCCUUCAGUGCAUCAUCCCCAACAUCAGUUUCAGGAACAUCAACAUCUUUCAGUACAUCCUCUUCCUCAUCUGUUUCAGCAACAUCUUCCAGUACAUCAACAGUUUCAAAAGAAACAGAGGCCUCACUUUCAGGAUCAUCAACAUCCUAUUCUUCCUUCUCAACAGUUGGGUCAAGAUCUUUAUCACCUACUUUCACCAAGACAGUCACAACAAGAACCAGCACUGUCGUAGAGCGAAGCAGCAACGUUCAACAGUCUUCCGACAGCCUCAAACGGAUAUCUAGUGUGUCAAUCACUCUUUCUACGCCCCUUGAAACCGAUCGUUAUCUGGAACCUGUUGGUGCCAUAUUUGACACGGAUACUGUUGAGAAGAUUUCUAUAAUGGAGGCUUUAAAUCGUGGAUUAGUGGAUUCAAUCACUGCACAGAAACUUCUUGAAGCACAAGCCUGCACUGGAGGAAUUGUGGAUCCCACAAAUGGAAAGAGGUUCAGCAUUCAAGAGGCGUGCCGCAUGGGCAUGAUAGAUAGCAUGAUGGAAUUGAGACUCAAACCUGCCCAGAAAGCUUUCUUUGGUUUUGAGGAUGUUAAAACUAAAAGGAGGAUGUCAAUUGCUGAGGCUGUGAAAGAAAGGUGGCUGCCAUAUGAGUCGGGGCAGAGAUUUCUCGAGUUUCAGGUUGUAACAGGGGGACUUUAUGAUCCCGAGAUGGGCUGCAGAAGAAGCAUAGAGGAUGCUCUGAAAAUGGGCUGGUUGGAUGAGCGAGCAGCACAGAAGCUCCAUGACAUAAAAAAUCUCCCCAAGUGCCUGACUUGUCCCAAAAGCAAACUAAAAAUCUCUUACAAAGAUGCCCUGGAUAACUGCUUGGUGGAGGAUGGAACCGGGGUUCAAAUGCUUCCAGCAUCAUCUAUGUCCUCCAAAGGGAUCAGCAGUCCGUACAAUGCCGCUUCAGCCCCAGGAUCCACCACAGGAUCUAGGAGUUGCUCUCAAAGAAGCUCCCGCAGGGGCAGUUUAGAUUAUGGCUCCUUAGGAGGAAGACAGCACUGUUUCUUCAGUUCGAAAUAAACCAAGUAAGGACAGUUCUGCACAUGCAUGCUUUUUCCUGGUUGGAAAUCAUUUCCAAUUUGAGAUUUUCCUUUGGAAAAAUGUAAACUUUUUUAUGUGUAUUUUAAUGCUUUUAAGUUUUACACUUUGGUAUUUCUGUACUUCAAAAUCUUAUUUUGAGAUAAAUAUAAUGAAGAAGAAUUUCAAAAAUCCAUUUGGGAAUAUCAUAAAUAUCAACAGCAGUCAUGUUUAGACAUAGGGCUUGCACUUUCGAAAAUUCCACAAACUGUUUUGUCAUUCUGUUGCAGAGCGUGUUAAAAUGUGGUUUCAGUUCACUUUGAUGUGCUGAUACAGCAGUUACAAUUUCAUUUAUAUAACUUUUACAAUAUAAUCAUUUUUUUUCUUGCUGGGAACACUUUGGAAUCUUUUUGCUCUAUUUUUUUGUCUUUUCUUCUCAACUAUUACAAUGAUUUUUUUGGUUGAACAUUCCACUGUCAUGUAAUAGUUCAUCGCAAUUUCAAAAUAAAGCUUUUUCUGCAUUUGUACCUUCAGUUUUUUGCCCAAUUAAUUGUCAUUUCAAAACAAAAACAAAGAGAUAUUAUUUCAGCAUUGAAGGUGUGGAAUUUUUUCAUUAUUUUUCUUAUUUUAUAAAGUUAUAAUGCCAAACUCUUUUAGAAAUGUGGUUUAUUUUAAGUUUGGAAAAAAAGCACAUAUACUUUAUUAUAAAGGUAGUUUAACAAUAAAAAUGAAGAUAAAUAAUUAAAAAUAUAUAUAUUACAUGAAAGCUUGGCAGUUGUUUUUUUCAGCAUUAGAAUUCUACAUGUAAACUCUGCAAUAGAAAACAUUCCAUAUGUUUUCUGGUCUGGUUUCCUUCUUUUGUUUCCAUCAUGUUUGAGUUUACAACUCAGGGUUGUAUUGCAUCUAUUUCCUUUUAUUAAAAAAAAUGAAAAUGAGAUUAAAAAAAAUACUGAAUUAAUGCCUGUCAGAAAUUUCUUAUUUCAAUUAUAAAUAAAUACUUUUUGGACAUAUAUAUGCAAAUAUGAAUAGGGUUAAAUAUUCGAACUCGAAUAAAUCACUGGUGGAUGUGCAUUUUGUCUCUACCUUGUCUAAGCUAAUGCGCCUCACAACAUCCUCAACCUUCAGCCAAUGGUCAGGAGUCCAAAUAGGAUGACAAGUUGGACAUGGUCAACACUCAGCUAUGAUGCUGUGGAAUCAGCUGACUGCGCAGCCUGUAGUCUGUCGCACAACCUAAACAUGCAAGAGGCACCCUAGACUCCCAUGUGUGCACAGUCCUCACCUGCAGGGCGGUGACAACUUUUGACUUUUCAGAAAUCCAUUUUCCAAACCUGGUUUAUAAACCCUGUCAGAGUCACAUGGGUGCUAGAGCCUAUCCCAGCCCCUAUCGAGUGAAGGCGGAAUAUACCCUGGAAGGUUUGCCAAACCAUAGCAAAACAUCUAACCAACAUGACAUUAAAAUAAAAAAAAAAAAUAAAAAAAA